AUGAACUCCCGCGAGCAUUCUGAUAUGCCUCCGGCUACAUCUUACCCGUCUCCCAACGCGGCGCAAAUGGCUCAGGGCUCCAUGCCGUACUAUGGAAAUCGCCAGUUGACCGCCGACGAACUUUUGUCCGCCGAGCUCUCGCGCGAGACUUCCGGACCAGGCCUGAACGACGGUUCGAGUAACGGCGUGCAUCACGGCCAAUCGAUGGUUAUGGGCUCGUCCAACCCCGGUGCCACUGAUAUGGGUCGCCCUUCAUCGCCGGACCAACACCAACAACAUAUGCUGCAGUUCACUCCCGGUCAGCAGGUGGGCGUCGAUCCGAAUCAUGAUCUGAGUUAUGGAGACCAGAGCGCUAGAAGGAAGAGGUCGAAGAUUUCUCGGGCCUGCGAUGAGUGUAGACGCAAGAAGGUCCGCUGCGAUGCAAGCUCUGAAUCUGGGGUCGAGACGUGCUCGAAUUGUCGUCGACUCGGCGUUGCUUGCCAAUUUAGUCGUGUGCCCAUGAAACGUGGUCCUAGCAAAGGCUAUAUCAAGGAACUUGCGGAGCGUCUACACACUCUCGAAAGUCAGAUGCAGCCUGCUAUGGUGCACCCGGACAUGCAGUACCAGGCCAUGAAUGAGGUGUCGCCUCCCCGACCCUACCAGGAAUUCUCCCCACCAAUGGAUGCCGGCUCUAUUGGACAUGCUGGCGAGACCUCGACAGAUCCAAUGAACUCUUCGGUUAUGGGAAACACUGCACCCAAACCUGGAAACCUGUUCUGGUCAACAAAUGAGCAUGAGAUUCCACAUGGCCUUGACAUCCCGGACGUGUCCAAACACGGUAUCGAAGAGGACAUGACGCCUUUGGACGUCGAUGGAGGUGCUCUCAAUGCUUACUAUGCCAAGAUUCACACCAUCUUCCCAAUCCUGCCGCAUUCGAAGGACCGGCUGCUAGAGAUUCUCCAUCAAUGCAGUCGCGAGGUCCAGGAAGUGUUUUUGUACGCUCUGUACACUGUGACGCGCACGAACUUGGACCGGGUGCUGAGCACCUUCGAGAGAGUGACUUCGUUUGAUAAUGCGCAGGAUCUUCUGUUAUAUUACACUCGGCAGCCGGCUCUGGUUCGUCCAACUGCCGUCAACCUGGUAUGGCUUCAGGCUACGCUGCUCAUGAUCCUGGACUGUGACUCGCGUGGUCCCGAGAACAUUGUCCUCAAAGAUGGGGUGCCUAAACAUUCUUUGAUUCAGUCCGCCACGAAACUCGGUUCUGAUAUGGCGAAGAGUCUUGAUCAAUUGAAGGCUAAACGGUCCUCAGACGCCGACGUGGACUCAGAUGCAAAUCUUGUGAGGCGCAGUUGGGUAUCCCUAGCUAUACUGGCGCGGUGGUAUGCCAUCAGUGUAGCCGAUCUGAGCGUCUUGGUGAACCAGGAGAUAGGUGGUCGGGAAGAUGAACGCGUUCUUGGAUCUGUCACCGCAGGGAUUGGUGCUUACUCUUCGUUCCUGGUCGAAAUGGUCACUCUUGCCGCCAUGGAGCACAAUGUGUGCCAAUCGAAUACUGGACUGGGUCGCAUGAUCGGUGCGAAUUUGGUUGCUUCUCUCGAACGUCUGGGACAGAUUGAGGACCUCCGGAAGCCCUAUGAUGCAGCCGAAGAAACACCAUCGCACGGGUUCUUCGAAAGCCUGCAAAACCAACUCUACUGGACAGUCCGGCUGCUCAUCAAACGGCAUAUCUUUGUCUACAGCCCUUAUGAGAUUAUUUACUGCGCGGUGGAGGUUAUCAAUGAGCUGCAUAAAGCGACUAUGGAGUCCCGCCCUGCGACGCCUUUUGAUCUCCACAGCUUAGCGUUAGCUUCCAUGACCUUGCUCGAAGCUACUGUUCUACCGGAACACACAAAUGAGUGCUGGGACACGCUGAGGAAGGUUGAAGAGAUCCUGGACCGCCGCGCGAAGGUGUCUGCCGAAGCUACUGAGUUCGAAAAUAUCUACGCCACACCUGGCUGGGACUCGAAGAUCCGCAUCUUCAUAGACUGGAGGCGUUCGCGAGCCCAGGAGCCUCAGCAUCAGGAAUCCAGCGUGAACAAAACCAGCUCUACAGCCCCCCCGGUCAUGGGUCCAAACGAGCAGCGCUCCCUUCAACAUCUGGCGGAUCUCGCCGUCGGCGCCGAGGGAUCCGUGGCUGCCAGCUCGUCUUCGCCACCACCGCUUGCCUCGACCGAGAAUAACGUCAACACGACAUCGCCCCAUCUGGCGUCGUCGUCUGCGCACCAGGCAAGCCGUGUAGUCGUCGACUUCACUCUUCUUACCAAAGAGGGUUAUUUAAAUGUCUUUUCGGGGUUGAUUUACCGUCGAACUCGCUAA